AUGUACUUAUUAGCACUUAUUUUUGGCCUGAUUGGCAUCACAAAGGCUUCUAGUGACUAUUUUGAGCCGUUUCCCACUUGCGCCGAUUGUCUACCCGCGAGUGUUCAUGAUGCGCCUGGGAUUGGAUUCAGUCUAUCGUUAACUUCCGGGACCGCUGCUGUGCACUUCUAUAAUGGCACGGUUAAAAACAUCGCGGCUAUUCCUGCAACCCCGGAAUAUGCAGAACUUAUGAAGCGUCUAGUCAAUUCUCCUCCGCCUCCACCACUAUCCAGAUGGGAGAAGUUGCGACGAUCUGUGAACAAAAAGAUCGCAAGGCCAGCUACGCCCGAUGUUGGCAUUAUCGCCACCAUGCUUGUCUCGCUACGCGACGUGACUUCUAUCGCAGUCGCGAGUCCGUUGGAUAGAGUCGCUGUGUCGCACUCCCGAAUUCAAGGAUUGGCAGAACCCGACCUCUGGGACGCGCUCGAAUAUGCGCGUAUUCGACCGUGGGUGGCCGCUGGUCUGCCCCGUCCCAAAGUUGUACUUCCUUUGCCCGCUGCUGGCGGAUACCCAAGCCAGCUUCUCGAGUCAUAUGCUGUUUUCGCAGGCCAUGGGAAGGGUUUGUGUAAACACUACAAGAACUUCUGGCAAUGUGCGGAGGAGCAGGACAAUGUUCCCCUGGAGACAACCCUAGUCGUGGGGAUCACUCUUACCGAUUUACGUGGAGACAUUAUCAGGACCUGGUCUGCAUUUACGGAUCUCCAGCCCAGGCACGGUGACCGGGCGUUUGUAGACCUUGAACUAGGUCUCGUUGCCUCAGAGGACAACCCCGAUUUCUGGGCUCGCGUGACCGAAAGGUUGCAGGCUUUCUGUGGCACAGUUCCUGAGGGAUUCCGCCUCGACACAGUCUUGCUGACAGGAGAGAACGCAACACAUCCAGCUUUUCUUCAAGCCUUACGAAGUGCGCUCGUAGGUAGGGACAAGGCCAAAAUAUCUCAAUUCUUGGAAGAGCUCUUGAGCUCGCACUCUGUACCACAAAUCAUUCUGCCGGGAAACUUCAAGCCUCAUCCCAGAUACGAUGCAAAGAAGCUGCCCGAUCUCGACACUACGGAGCCGGUGCAGUUCAGGCAAUCCUGA